AUGACUUUCUUUACUUCAAAUAAUAGUAAUAUAAGUUUGGAAACGGAAUUGGCAGAAGAUGUGCCUCGUGAUGAGCGCUUGGCUCGAAUUGAAAUAGCCCUUUUGAGCAUCAUAUUUUUCAGUGCCGCAAUCUUAAACUUUGUACUGCUAUUGGUGCUGUGGAAGCGGAGGAAGCAGCUGUCGAGGAUGCGCGUCUUUGUUUUUCACCUUUGCCUGGCAGACCUGGUGGUCACCUUUUUCCAAGUUUGUCCGCAGCUGAUGUGGGAUGUAACGGACAGAUUCAUUGGUCCUGACAUAAUUUGCCGCCUGGUGAAAUACAUGCAGGUCGUUGGCAUGUUUGCCUCCACUUACAUGAUUGUAGUGAUGACCAUUGAUCGCUACCAAGCCAUCUGUAACCCCAUGGUGACUUUCCAAAGGCGCAGAGCGAGCUGGAACGUACCUGUGUGCGUUGCAUGGUCCGUGUCCCUCUUCGGCAGUCUCCCUCAACUGUUCAUCUUCUCCCGAGUUCAAAUUGCGCCUGGUGUCUAUGACUGCUGGGCUGACUUCAUCAAACCUUGGGGACUAAAAGCUUACGUGACCUGGACCACUCUGGUGAUAUUUGUGUUGCCAAUCUUAACUGUUAUCGUUUGCCAGGUGCGUAUUUGCCGAGCUGUUCAAAUCAACUUUCACAUGAAAACACAUCAAGCAUCGGAAAUUGUCACCAAACCUCUGCACUCCAGGACCAGUAGUGUUGCUGGAGUGUCCAAAGCCAGGAUUAAGACCGUGAAGAUGACUGUGGUUAUUGUUCUUGUCUACAUUAUCUGUUGGACUCCUUUCUUCACUGUCCAGCUGUGGUCUGUCUGGGAUGUCCAAGCACCCACUGAGACUGCAACUUUCUCUAUCCUGAUGCUUCUGGCAAGUCUGAACAGCUGUGCAAACCCCUGCAUCUACCUGCUCUUCAGCGGGAAGCUCCCCAAGAGACUCAUGGCGGUGUGUGUUAGCCAGUCGGACAUUAAGGACUCCAUACAAGAAGAAGCCACUGUGGUCAGCUCCUUGUACAUCAGUUUUAAGAGCCUUUCCGAAUCCAGAUGAAACAAGCGGCACAGCGCCCUCUCGGGCUGAUAGAGCUUGAUGUAUACAGUUGAAGUCGGAAGUUUACAUACACUUAG